CGAAAAUUCUCUUGAUGAAAAUAGUAAAAAAAUGUAACAUGAAGUGUUUAAUACAAAUUAUGUUAGCUGCCAUUAUUUGACCUAAUUGUUUCCUAUGCAUUAUAUAAGACAAAUACAAUGUGCUAAGAUUUGUUAAAGAAAAAUGAACCACAAGUGUAGUAUUUGAACUAUUUUACCAAUAUUGAAUGAUAUAAUGGAUUUUUGUAGACAGUUUGCGGGGAUAUUUAUUUUUGUUUCUAUUAUUCUUCGUGUGAAUGGAUGGCGGUGCGAGACAUUGGAAUGCAUUACCUAUCCACAAUCACUUAGGCUAUGGAGACAUCUUAUUGAAGUUUCAUCCAAAUCGUUCACUGUAAAGGCCGGCUCACCGUUUAGUAUAACAUGUGACGGCUCUUGCGUCGGCAGUCACGCGGACCCUCACCUCAGAUGGUAUGGGCCCGACAAAUACUGGAUAUCAUAUGAGGGACGAGGGAACAGAAUACAUGUAGAAAAAUCGUUUUCCCGCCGUUUUCAAAAACUUCAGUUCCGGAAAGUGACGGCCAGUGACCAGGGUUUAUAUGUGUGUCGAGGUUGGCUGGGAGAAAAGCAUGGAUGGGAUAUGAAGUCAUUCAAGCUUAUUGUAGAUAGCCCGACUUCUCCCAAGGUGACAACAAAAUCUACGAAAACAACAAUAAAUAGAAUUCUAUCAACAACAAAAGCGCCAAGAACAACACAAAAAUUAACAACAAGACUUCAAACGACACAAGCAACAACAAGAAAGACAGAAAGAGUAACUUCAAGGCCACGCCCAUCAACAACUCUGCAAAUAAUGACGCAAACAAAUGCGACAGUAGAAAACAUUACGAAUACAACGGAAAAUACAACAGAUGACGACUGUUACCCGCCCAAAUUUAGAUGUGACAGUGGGGAGUGUUUUGAGCAGAGAUACGUUUGCGACUCUUACCCGGACUGUUUAGACGCAAGUGACGAGAAAUUAUGCGUGACUCAAACUUGUACAGAGGACAUGCAAGGAUGUGACGACGGUGAUGGUUGCGUGUUAAAGUCUCAAAUCUGUGAUGGUAUUGCAAAUUGUAGAGACCAGUCGGACGAGGCUCCAGAUUUGUGCAACUAUUUACAUCUUUAGAACAAGAUAUGCAAGUCAAUUCUGCAAAGCAAAACAUCACGGACUUUCGCAAAAUAUGUGUAUUAUUAACACGUAUUUAGCUUUUAACAAUGCAAUUUAUACUCAGCCAUGUGCCAUAGCUAGACAACCAUGACAAUUUAUUUAUGCUUUUAUUUCAUGGGAAACAUAAUAUAUUCUCGGUUUUAUAUGAUAUAUAGAGUUUAAAGAUAUUUUUUACGUUUUUACAUAUGCUUUAUCAAAGCGCAAAUUAAUGGGUUAUUGACUUACUGAAACCAAACUAUUGCAAUGAUUUCUUUUAGGUUUAUUUACAGAAUUUAUUUGACUUCGAUUGUGUACAAAUCUUUAAGCUUAUAUACACAAGAAUAAGUUUAUUGACUCAACCAGUACCAACAAAUGAGAAUAAUCAAACGAGAAUAAAGGGUUUUGCUCAAAGAAACAGAAAAGUAUAUUUUGAUUAUAUGUGAUUUAAAUGCUCUCUUUGUGUAAUUUUGUUAUUUAAAUGCUCUCUUUGUGUAAUUUUGUUUUUGCUUAAGCUCUAAUGACUGGUCUUAAAAGCAUUGAAACCAAAUCAUUGCAAAGAAUUCGUUUAGUUUGAUUGUGAAUUGAACAUUUGAUUGCUGUUUUGCAGAUGUCUUAGAUGUUUGGUGCAAUUUGUUAAUCACCAUUGCCUAAUUGAAACUGAACAUUGCUUAUAUAGUUUGUAUAAAUGUAAAUUUGUAAAUAAUAAUAAAAAAGAUUAUCAAUA